AUGAAGGCCAGCUUCGUCUCCCUCCUCGCCAUCGUCGGCCUGGCCUCUGCCGCCAGCAGCCUCCCCACCUGCGCGGUCAAAUGCGUCAGCUCCAACCUCUCCCAGGGAGGCUGCUCCUCCAUAACUGAUACGACGUGCCUCUGCGGCGCCAUCGACAAGAUCUACACCGCCUCCGAGUCGUGUCUCAAGAGCUCCUGCUCCACCAUCAAGCUCAAGGCCGCCCAGGCCGCCGUCUCCGAGGCGUGCGGCAAGUCCGUCGGAGGCUCGUCGUCGUCGUCGUCGGCCUCGUCGGCCUCGGGAUCCGGCUCGUCGUCCGCCACUGCCACGUCCUCGGGCUCAGGCUCCGGCGCGUCGAGCGCUACCAGCACUGGUACCAGCAGCGAUAGCAGCGAGACGGCCAGCAGCUCUGGCGGAAGCGGUGGCUCCAGCACCGACUCUUCGUCUGGAUCCGAGGCUUCCUCGACUGCUGGCUCUGACAGCGGCGGCUCCAGCGCCGGUGAUAAGCCUGCCGUCGGCGUGGCUGUUGCUUUCGCCGCCCUGCUUGCCGCUCUGUAG